AUGAUCGAUGACCAGCUAAACGUCAACAGCCACAUCGAACAUGCUUGUGAGAAGGCUUCGAAGGCCAUCAACGCGAUAGCUAGGAUCAUGCCUAACAACGCUGGUCCCAGCAGUAGCAAGAGGCGUCUUCUGGCCAGUGUGUCGUCGUUACUGAGGUAUGGAGGUCCAGCAUGGGCUGCAGCGCUGGAAACGAACCAGAUCCAAAGGAAACACAGCAGUACGUUCCGGCUCAUGGCCAUGCGAGUCGUGAGUGCGUACAGAACCAUCUCGUCGGAAGCAGUAUGUGUUAUCGCCGGAAUGAUCCCUAUCGGCAUCACCCUGGAAGAGGACAGCGAGUGCUACAGGUGGAGAGAAGUAUUAGUACAGGACACUGAAGAAGUCUGCACAUUGUAG